AUGCCGCCCAAGGAAUCGCAGACUGCGAAUACCGACAUCUCGCCGCACAAUUCUUCGACGCCCUUGAUCUCUUCUUCCCAGCGCCAGGACUUGCAACGCGCCGGAGCGCCAUCAGAGAAUAGUAUCGACGAGAAAGAUCCCAAGUCUGCGAAGCGCAGAUUCUUCGGACUGGGAAAGAAGAAGGAAGACAAGGCGGCCAUGGAUGCAUCGUCUGUAGCAGCAGGCAGCGUGCCUGAGCACUCGGUAGGGGCUGCGGGCACACCUUCGCUCAAACAGCAACAGCAUCCAGAAUUGAAGGCGAACUCUCAAGCAAUUCCUAUCUCUCCUUCUCGCCUCCCACAUCAAGCUGCCGCCGCCGCAUCCCCUUCGAGAUUGCGAUCCAGUUCGCCGAGGUUAAACAGCCCUGCUUCGUCCGAGAUCUUUGAACGCAAUGUACAGGAGCCUGUGUCGAUAGGCAGCUUGGGAGGCGAACGAGCUGAAUCGAGCCCCGCGCACAUACCAGCGCACGUCAUAACCGAAGACUCUAUCCCGCCGGCAUUGGAGGCUUCAGCGCAGGCCAUCACCAGCGACGAACUCAACCCAGACGACGUGGAGAUUGUGACUUCAUCUACCCACCAGCCCGCAUCGACUGUCUUGGAAGGCUCAACAAGCCAGGCCGACCUAACACAGCUCAACUCCCCGGCCUCGGUACCUCUGGCGCCCCUUCAACACCACAAAUCCGAGGAUUCCGAAGCGGGUGUGAGCCUGCACCAAUCUGGCAUUCUCUCCGGCUCAGCAGAUGACGAUGGCGCAAGCAACUACGGCCAAUUGGACCCUAAUGAUGUUCGAAGGCUGAGCUUCAUCUCUUUCAAAGACAUUGUUCAAAGCGAACACCAACACCAGGCUGCAUCCAUCUUAGGGGAAGUAGGAAGUCGUGAUAGUCUUCACAUGGCCAAUGUGCCGCCGGGUAUCCUGCAGCAAGAGAACCGCGCCGCCUCGCCAUUGCGUUCUCCUCGAUCACCGGUAUCUACGCAUAGCCAGAGUCUGAGCGGUGGAGUAGUUACGCCUCCGCUGGGAGUUAAUGCUACCAAUCCCUUGAACGCUGCCAGCACCACGACAAAUCCUGAACAAAGUCCGUCGAGGAGCGUCGGACUCGGCUCUCCUGGCCUUCAGCAUGGAGAACUCACUAUCGAGACGAUGAGACAGGCAUUGAGGAAGACGGCGAGUGGCGAUUUGAGCAAUGGAAGGGGCGUAGGCAUGAGUCCUGUCAGUGAUGAGAAUUCUGUCAAGGAGCCGCCGAGGAGUCGGACGAAUACGUGA